UGUAGUCUCCCUUCCUCCCUCCUGUGCGUUUUGCGUCAUGCGCUGCCCACAGAGUUUGUGUUUCCUAUCAGUUUUAGAUAUUUGGCUGUCUGUACGUGUCAUUGCCUCGGUCUGCUCUAACAGACCCUCCUCUUCCUCCAACAUCAGCUCGCUCUCAACCUCCUGUGUGUUUGUGACUCUGCUUCUUCUGUAAAAGAGACAGAGACCCUUCCGCAGUUCUGUGCCUGCCCGAGAGACUUCGGAGACUCCUGUGGCUCAGAAAUAGAGCGUCUACUAGGGUCUAAUUUUCUCCCUUUGCCUGGAUUUUCCGACUUGUUUGGUUUUUGCACCUACGCCAGACGAUGUUCAACGCCGACUCUUCCUUAACUGCGUUUCUGAACACAUUGACUCCAAAGUUCUAUGUGGCAUUAACAGGAACGUCUUCUCUCAUAUCAGGACUCAUAUUAAUAUUUGAGUGGUGGUAUUUUCGAAAGUACGGCACAUCAUUCAUUGAGCAAGUCUCCGUGAGCCACUUGCGGCCACUGCUUGGCGCGGUGGAUAAUAAUCUGCCUUCGGUUAAUUUUACUGCCAGCAAUGGAGAAGCUGAAUCGAACAGGCAAAAUGUGUCAGAAUGUAAGGUGUGGCGAAACCCACUGAAUCUCUUCAGGGGAGCAGAGUACAGCAGGUACACAUGGGUCACAGGGAGAGAGCCCCUGACAUAUUAUGACAUGAAUCUGUCAGCACAGGAUCAUCAAACAUUUUUCACAUGUGACACAGAUCAUGUCAGACCUGCAGAUGCUGUGAUGCAGAAAGCCUGGCGGGAGAGGCAUGCUCAAGCAAGAAUGAAGGCAGCAUACCAAGCUUUAGAAUUAAACAAUGAGUGUGCAACGGCAUACGUUCUCUUAGCUGAGGAAGAGACCACCACAAUUCUCGAAGCUGAGAAGUUAUUUAAACAGGCACUGAAAGCAGGCGAGGUGUGCUAUAGGAGGAGUCAGCAGCUUCAGCACCACGGUCCACAACAGGAAGCACAGCACAGACGAGACACAAACGUAUUAGUUUAUAUAAAACGAAGGCUUGCAAUGUGUGCAAGAAAACUGGGGCGAAUACGAGAAGCAGUAAAACUGAUGAGAGACUUGAUGAAAGAGUUUCCACUCCUUAGUAUGCUGAAUAUACAUGAAAAUUUGUUAGAGGCUCUGUUGGAGUUACAAGCUUAUGCUGAUGUACAAGUGGUCUUGGCCAAAUAUGAUGAUAUCAGCUUGCCAAAAUCAGCGACGAUAUGCUACACAGCUGCAUUGCUGAAAGCGCGUGCUGUAUCAGACAAGUUCUCCCCAGAGGCAGCCUCCCGGCGAGGGCUCAGUACAGCAGAAAUGAAUGCUGUGGAAGCAAUACACAGAGCAGUAGAGUUCAAUCCACAUGUGCCAAAGACUCCAGGAUCCAGAAAGUCUGCUCUCCAGAUGGUUAGAGAUGGGGCAUGCCCUGAAAGAUGUGCAUCCGAACCUCUCCAAUGUCCUGGCACACAGAGAGAUUUACUGUAUUUACUAGAAAUGAAAAGUUUAAUUUUACCACCAGAACACAUUCUGAAGCGGGGAGACAGUGAAGCAAUAGCAUAUGCUUUCUUUCACCUUCAACACUGGAAGAGGGUAGAGGGGGCCCUUAACCUAUUGCACUGUACGUGGGAAGGCACUUUUCGAAUGAUCCCCUAUCCCUUGGAGAAAGGUCAUCUUUUCUAUCCAUAUCCCAGCUGCACAGAAACAGCAGAUCGAGAGUUACUACCAUCUUUCCAUGAAGUGUCAGUUUAUCCAAAGAAGGAGCUCCCAUUCUUCAUCUUGUUCACAGCUGGACUGUGUUCGUUUACUGCGAUGCUGGCGCUCCUCACACAUCAGUUUCCAGAACUCAUGGGCGUUUUUGCUAAGGCUUUCUUCAGCACACUGUUUGCACCCUUCAACUUUGUGAUGGAGAAGAUUGAGAGUGUCUUACCCUCUAGCUUCUGGCACCUGCUGACCCGAAUCUGACACAAAUGGUUCACAGAAAACAGACCCAACACUCUUUCUUUCCCUAUCCCCCCCUCCAACCCCUUUCCAGGAUCUGUCAGUGUAGAACAAAACACUGCCCAGACGAUCGAAGUGAGGGAGGGAAAGGCUGAGGGGAACACCACUACUGCAAGUCGGAGACACUGUCGCUGCUGCCAAGUCUGGGUGUUUUAACCUUGUAACAAAGAACUGAGAGGAAUUUAUUUCAGUUUCUCUUCGUCAGAUGGAGAAACAGACAAAAAAAAUCAAAAGGGAAAAAAUAAAGUUAAAUUUUGUGCAUUGUU